AUGUUAUCUUGUACACAUGUAUUGUAUUAUUAUAUUUCAGGUGGUAAGGCUAAAAAUGGUGCUCCAAUAUUAAUAUUUGCUGAUAGACCUAAUGAACCAGAAGUACCAGAUGAAGAAUAUAAAAAACUCAUUACUUAUCUAUGCAGUAUAACUUUAAGAGCAGAGAAAGAGACAGGUUUUGUUGUUGUUAUUGAUAGACGUAAUGAUGGUUGGGGAGCUGUUCGCUCUAUUUUAUUAAAAAUAUCAGGUUUUUUUCCGUGCCAUGUCCAAGUUGCUUUCUUACUUCAACCCAAAGGUUUCUUUCAAAGAGCCUUUGCAGAUUUCCGCUCCAAAUUUGUUAAAGAAGAAUUGGAGUUUAAGGUAAGAUUGUAA